AUGGCGAAUACGUCCACUGAAAAUGCUAAAAAACUAAAGUGUGGGCAUGUCUUCUGUACUGACUGUGUGGAGACUGCUUUGACUUACGACAACCGAUGUCCAGUAUGUAAAGAACCGCAAGGUGUUGUCAAAGGAAAUCAACCUGACGGACAAAUGCAUGUGUUCCAUGGUCAGCAGAGUCUUCCAGGCUAUCGCGGAUGUAGAACAAUUAUCAUUACCUACGUCUUUCCUUCUGGGAUUCAAGGCCGGGAGCAUCCACACCCUGGCGAAACAUACAGUGGUACCAGUCGUACCGCAUAUCUUCCUGAUAACCGAGAAGGGAAAGAGGUAUUGGCUCUUCUAAGGAGAGCCUUUGAUGCCCGAUUGGUGUUCACGGUGGGUACAUCAGUAACUUCUGGGUGGCUAAACCAGAUCACCUGGAAUGAUAUUCACCACAAGACUAGCAUUUCUGGAGGACCUCAGGCGUAUGGUUAUCCGGACCCAGAUUAUCUCCGACGGGUUAAAGAAGACUUGGCAGCCAAAGGAAUCCGCUGA